AUGGCGCCCCGCAUUCUCCUCACAGCCUCCCGCUCUCUGCGCACCCCCAUCCCAAGCACGCGCAUCGCUUUCACCGCGCGCCGUACGUUCCUCAGCACACCCACCCUACGCAUCAAAGAGGACGCGGACCGUACCCCCGAACAAGUCGAAAACGCGAAACAAGAACAGCUCAAGGAGCAAGAAAGGGGCGAGGGAAGAUGGCGCGAGGACCUUGCUAGUCAUGGCGAGAGCAACAUUGCUGCGGACAGACAGCAGGUCGACGACCACGACGCACAUAUGAAGGAGUUGCAGAAGGAGGGAAAGGAGAAGGGCGAGAAGGGUGACUUGUAG